AUGAUGACGACGAUGAUGCAAAGUACAAAAUUCGAAGUUCUUCAGAUUGCCUUUCGGACAAGUCCUUGUAAUCCAACUGAAUUAAAAUUUGAUAGUGUUAUGCUCCUUCAGGUCAUUGGUGCGGCGCCAAAUCAGUGCUACGGACUGGAUACACUGCACCCUCAGUUGAAUGAGAGCACCAACCGUGGUGGUGGUGAUACAGCGGUUGACAGGUAUUGUAACUCAUUGAAUAUCCUCAAAGAAAAGGUUAUGGCUCUAUUAGAACACUAUCAUACAGUCAUUGUACAGAAAAUGGAAUGUGAUUUAGGAAACUUGCUCACUUACAAUGCUGAAGAGUUUAAAAGUCAUUUGGCUGACGUAUUCUGUCAAUUAAAUGAGGUUGAAUUCCAGUUGAAUAAUUUAGAAUCCUGGGCUGGUCUUCCUCCUGAAUGUUUUACCCCGGCUGCUAUGAAUUAUGGUGCUGUAGAUCAUGAUCAAGUAUCUCAUGAAGCUCAAACUCUUGUAGAAGCGAUUCGACAUUUACAAAAAGAAUUGCGUGGAAUGGUCACAAAAACCACCAGAAAGGAUAAAUGCACAGUAAACGAUCCAAUGUUGACCUCUACAACUGAGAAAAGUGAUAGCUGUCAAAAUUCCACUCCUUACUCACUAACAAGUACAGUCGUAAAUCAAAGUUCCGUACCGAUGAUGUCCUUAAAUACAUCAUCUUCUCAUCCGUCUGGUAUGAGUAUUUCACCGUCGGUUGACGAUACAAACCAAAAGCAACAUUCAUCAGACACAUUACCAUCAUGUUUUUCAUCGAAUGAAGAAAAUCGUGGCUAUCCUCACUCAAACAGUCGACCUUCGUAUACUUCUCAUCCUAAUUCAUUAACUCGUUCACCUGUUGUUGAUAGACGUCAACAGCCUAAUGUAUCGCUAGAUGUCUAUCACCCUUCAUCUGGACAACAUUCUUCAGUUUCUCCUUCUAUGCCAACACAACACUAUGUCCCUGCCCAGUAUAAUCAAUAUUUAUCUUCUAGCUCUGUUGAAAACAUCCCUUCUAAUCGAAUGAGUUCAGAAGCAUAUCCGCAGCAGCAGACACCGCUGGCAAACAUCCCACGUACAAGAAAGUUGAGCAGAUUAUUGUCAAAAUUUAAAUCUACUUCAACAAAGUAUUUAACAAAUAAUGAAAAACAUUGGAGUAGGCUUGGUGUAAAGCCUAAUGAGGAACCAGGAUGCCCUACCGUUUGUCAGCAAGUAGACACAGGAAUGAAAACUGUUGUACGUGUGCCUAGCCGUCAACUUGCCGCUAGAACUAGUGGAGGUUCAGCUGAGGCAUAUAUGCAACCGAAACCAGUCAAUAUACGAUAUAAUCCGAGGAUGUACGAUGGUGGUCUACUGCCUAGACUGGAUUAUACUGAUAAACCGGUUGUUCUACCGGAAUUUAAACCACGCGAUAUGUGGGCUCCACAUCGUGCAUAUUUUGGGCAAAAUGAUUACAUAGAUAUUCUUGGUGAUGGAAAAAUCAAACCACGGGAUUUCUACACUGGACCACCAUGGAUAUUAGGUGCACGAAAUGAAUACCAACGUGUAUGUGGUCGACUGAAUAAUGCAGCUAUUGUUGCAUGGAUGGAAGAAUUUGAACCAUCCAAAUUGCAAGAUGAAUAUAAAUUACAAAGAUAUUUAUAUAAGAAGAUGAAUAAACGUAAAAAUAUCAAAUUUCAACGAUAUCGUGAUUCACCAUAAUUUCAUUUUAUAUUAUAUUGUGUUUAUCUCUUUUUUUGGUUUGUUUAAAUAUUGUGUACAUAUAGGUGUAUAAAUAAUUAAAUAAAU